ACUCCAUCCGCAGCCUUGAGUCUAUCUGUGAUGGUAAAAAUAGUUGACAGAGCAACAAAUAUUUGGCUGCUGGUGUAUUAUUGCAGGGCAGAGAGGGCGGUAUUUGUGUAGCCUCGGCCAUUCCUCGAUGCUUUCGUCCACUUGCGCCGUGCGCCCAUUGAAGGGAAACGCGCUGUUGUAAUUGGUUUCUCAAUGAGGGAUCGUCCUCAGCUCCCCGGAGGAUCAGUGGACUGAAGCGCCCAGCGGAUCUAUCAGCCGUCGGCUCUCUCCCUCUGAAUAGUAACCGGGUUUAGCCUCAGUUUUCUCAGGGCGUUCACAGAUAUUCAGGUUGUUGUAUUACGGAUGAAAGAGGGGGAUCGUUAAAGACACCGGACAUUUUUGCCAACGCGUUUCCAGGACCAUUUCCCUUCCAACCUGUUCGACUAUCGGGAGUUGUGGCGUCCUCGGAAGGAGCUUUGCUGCAAAGUUUGAGCGAGGAGAGGAUAACACAAUGAGCGACCUCGAGGAGGACUUUGCCAAGAUCUUGUUGCUGAAGGAGGAGAGGAUACGAGACUUGGAGAGGCGACUGGCGGACAGGGACGAUGAGAUUCAAGAAUUGAAAAGAAAAUUGCACAAAUGUCAGUCCGUGUUGCCCAGCGCCCAACUUCUCGGACCGCGGACUCGAAGGGCGCAGGGCAUCUCUGCGGAGCCCCAGACGCACCAAGACCUCUCCAGACAACCUUUUAGGAAAUAUCCCAAGUCGGACUGGUCCAAGGACCUGAUCAAGGAGGCCAUCCUGGACAAUGACUUCAUGAAGAACCUGGAGCUGUCACAGAUCCAGGAGAUUGUGGACUGCAUGUACCCCGUGGAGUAUGGCAAGGACUCAUGCAUCAUCAAGGAAGGGGACGUGGGCUCCCUGGUCUAUGUCAUGGAAGAUGGAAAGGUGGAGGUGACCAAGGAGAGCCUGAAGCUGUGCACCAUGGGUCCAGGGAAGGUGUUCGGAGAGCUGGCCAUUCUCUACAACUGCACCAGAACCGCCACUGUCAAGACUCUUACAAACGUCAAGCUGUGGGCCAUUGACCGGCAAUGCUUCCAGACGAUUAUGAUGAGGACAGGACUCAUAAAACACACAGAGUACAUGGAGUUUCUGAAAAGUGUUCCUACGUUCCACGGCCUACAGGAGGACAUUCUGAGCAAGCUCGCCGACGUCCUUGAAGAGACACACUAUGAAGAUGGAGAGUACAUCAUCAGGCAAGGGGCGCGGGGAGACACCUUCUUCAUCAUCAGCAAGGGAAAGGUGAACGUGACCAGGGAAGACCAGGCCAACGGGGAGCCCGUCUACCUGCGGACCCAGGGGAAGGGGGACUGGUUCGGGGAGAAGGCCCUCCAGGGAGAGGACAUUCGGACGGCCAAUGUCAUCGCAGCUGAGACCGUCACCUGUCUGGUCAUCGACAGAGAUUCCUUCAAACAUCUCAUCGGGGGUCUCGAGGACGUGUCCUGUAAAGGACUGGAGGACGCAGACGCUAAAGCCAGAUACGAGGCAGAGAAUGCUUUCUUCUUCAACCUCAACCUGGCCGACUUCAACAUCAUCGACACGCUGGGCGUCGGAGGCUUUGGUCGCGUGGAGCUGGUUCAGCUGAAGAGUGACGAGAACAAGACAUUUGCGAUGAAGAUCCUGAAGAAGCGACAUAUUGUUGAUACCCGGCAACAGGAGCACAUCCGCUCAGAGAAACUCAUUAUGCAAGAGGCCCACUCAGACUUCAUUGUGAGGCUGUAUAGAACAUUUAAAGACAGCAAGUAUCUUUACAUGUUGAUGGAGGCCUGCCUGGGAGGGGAGCUCUGGACCAUUCUCAGAGACAGGGGCUCAUUCGAGGACUCCACCACCAGGUUCUACACGGCGUGUGUGGUGGAGGCCUUCGCCUAUCUGCAUUCCAAAGGCAUCAUUUAUAGAGACCUGAAACCCGAGAACCUCAUCCUGGACCACCGGGGCUACGCCAAGCUGGUGGAUUUCGGGUUUGCCAAGAAGAUCGGCUUUGGGAAGAAGACGUGGACCUUCUGCGGAACGCCGGAAUAUGUGGCGCCAGAGAUCAUCCUGAACAAAGGUCACGACAUCUCCGCCGACUACUGGUCCCUGGGAAUCCUCAUGUUCGAACUGCUCACCGGCAGCCCUCCAUUCUCUGGCCCUGAUCCAAUGAAGACUUACAACAUCAUCCUGAGAGGCAUUGACAUGAUCGAAUUUCCAAAGAAGAUUACCAAAAACGCAGGCAACUUAAUCAAAAAACUAUGCAGAGAUAAUCCUUCGGAGAGGCUGGGAAACUUGAAGAACGGCGUUAAAGACAUCCAAAAGCACAAAUGGUUUGAAGGCUUUAACUGGGAGGGUCUGAAGAAAGGAACGCUGACACCUCCAAUCAUCCCCAAUGUGACGUCGGCCGUGGACACCAGUAACUUCGACAGCUUCCCCGAGGACAACGAGGACCCCCCGCCUGACGACAACUCCGGCUGGGACGGCGACUUUUAGACACAAAACACAAAACCGCCUUUCCCUCAAACAGAAACACUAAAGGAGCCGCGGCUCGGAGGCCAUCUUCAGGACGUAGCUGCUGAGCUGUGUAGAGAAACGAACCCGGGAGGAAGCAGAGACGGACAGCCCAGCCUUGGAGUCACCAGGAUGCCUUCCCUACACUGUGGUGCAGGAGGACUGAGAGACUACUGUAGCACCUCUUCAGUGUUCCCCUCGCAGGGCGGACAACGUGCAGGGACACACGCACACACACACACACUCAAAUUUGCUUACAUACAUACACACACGCGCCCAUACAAAGAUACACACAGCCAGAUACUCAAAGGGACACACACACACAUAUCGACUUACAUGCACACACACAUGCAUACAGACUCACACAGACUUAAAGUUAGUAAAUUAAAGACUCAAGGGUUGUCCUAUUUUAAAAGGAAAUCGGUUUGUUUUGGCGGGAAUGAAUGAAUGUGUUAUAGUCCAUCUAUUGUGAAUAUUGGUCUAUGGAAAUCACUGUUGCUGAUGGGUCAUAAUGUUAAGGGGGUGGGGGGGAUCAUAAGGCUGAUGCUGGUGGGGAUGAUCAGAUAGUGUCUGAGGUUUUCUUCACGGUCAUGACAACAGCUCUCCGAGUCUCCACAUAUCAAGCUGGUCUCUCGCGUUGCGGACAUGCCGUCACCAGCUGGACAUCUGCGAUGUCGCCUACCGUUUGGGGGGGGGGGGAGCUGUAAAAAAUGUGGGUCCAACAGGUCACACAUAAACACACUCACACACGUAUUAAGUGCUCAAGACCAACUUGAAUGUUAUCAAUUGUUUUGUUUUGGAUGGGGGAGGGGGGAGGUCGCUAUUCACAAACAUCCACAAACAUCAGAGAUUUCAAUGAGUGUUCAAGAAGUUAGAUUCUCACACGGUUGAAUUCAUUCUUCGCCGAAUAAAGAAAUAUAUCACUGUACAUAUAGACUUUCCUUGAAAAGCACAAACACCGCUAUGUGUUUGACAAUGAGACCUAUUACUCUUCCAAGUGCCCUGCUUCUAAUCUAAUCCAUUCAGAGUGUCGUCUAGCCCUUAGGUUUGCUCACCAAUCGGGAGAAAGUCAACAAUGCUGUGACUUAACUUUUUACUUCUUUUACGCAUCAGGGAUCAGACCAAUUCAAACGGAACGUUUUCUUUCUCCUCGAGCUAAUUCCAACCGGCCACUGAUGAACGACAGAUAUGCCUCAGAUCAAAAUGCCUUGACAUGUUCCCAGUUAUUCACUUAUUUUGUUUACAAAACAUCCAAAUGCCUGUUUGACACGCAACCAAACAAUCAAACAACAUGCUCUGUGUUUCGGUUUUUUAUAUAUAUAUAGUGUGACCCAACUUUUAACAACGUUUCAAUGUCUGGUGCUGUUAUUGUUUGGACAAAGAGAAAAGGUCAGCUAGGAAGAAUUUGAUGUUUGAUGGCGUAUAAUAAUAAUAUUAAUGAUAAUGAUAACUGUUUGUUUUUGGGUCAGAAAACUCUGUUUUUGUUGAAUUGAAUAUAAUUGUCUGUUUUUUAAGUAAAUGGGUAUUAUCUUUGGUGAUACAUCUCAAGGUUUUCAGAUCCGCUCUACAUUUCUUCUCAUCCAGUCAACAUCUAUGGUUUUAAUGGCAACAAGCAAAUUUUGGUUAUUUAAACCCAUCUGACCUGAUCAUCACAUGGGUUCUUCAAUCCCUCCAGUGUACUCUAUUUAUAAACAUUGUUUAAAGAAUUAUCAGAAGGACGAGUGUAAUGGCAUUAAAACAAAUGCUAUGUUUCUGGGGGGUUUUCAACUCUCAACCCAUGUUCCUCAUCCUAAUGAGUUUCUUUCCUUUCACAUUGUGUCUGAUAUCAUAACCAGAGCAUAAGAGUAGAACAAUGUAAGUGCCUUAAGUCAAUGGCAUACGAAACUGAAUACGACCACGUCCACCGUUCCAAUGCUGCAUGAACAAAUAUACACCUCAACAAAAAAUGUGUCUCUUAGAUGCCUGCUUCCGACCCUUUGUUAUAUCAAAUAAAUACAUUAAUCACAAUAGACAGAGCAUUUCUAGUCAUUAAAUGGCUUCUCAUUAAAGUGUCGAUGAAAAAGA